AUGUUUUACAACGCUAUGCAAAAGGAACAUGAAGGUCGCAUUGAGGAAGACGCAGCAAUUCGAAUUAUACAGGAGUGUACAGCAUUGUUUCGGCAGGAGAAAACUAUGCUAGAUAUAGAAGCACCGGUAACAGUUUGCGGUGACAUACAUGGACAAUUCUAUGACCUCAUGAAAUUGUUCGAGGUCGGUGGAUCUCCAGCCACAACUAAGUACUUAUUCCUUGGAGACUACGUAGAUCGAGGGUACUUUUCGAUUGAAUGCGUUUUGUACCUUUGGGCGUUGAAGAUCUGCUAUCCGAACACGUUGUUCCUUUUGCGAGGGAAUCACGAGUGCCGCCACUUGACCGAGUACUUUACUUUCAAGCAGGAGUGUGAGUUCUGGAAUUAUCUGUUCGGCAUCGAGUCUUUAAUGUUGCAUUUUGACAUUUAUGAAUAA